AGUCGCAACGGCCAAGGAUUCUACCCUACAGCUAGUGACCAAGUACCUUGAGAAGGGAUGGCCGGCAAAGAGGAUGCUCACUCAGGAGCUGAUGCCUUUCUUCCAGCUUAGGGAAGAAUUGUCUAUGGUGGAUGGCAUAGUCUUCAGGGAAGACAAAGUUGUUGUGCCGGAUUCGCUGACCUCGGACUUGGUUUCUUUUGCACACGAGGCACACCCUGGCAUCGUGAAAACCAAACGAAGACUUCGAGACAAGUUCUGGUGGCCCCGGAUGGACAGGCAGGUGGAGUGUGCCGUGCGAAGUUGUCACGUGUGCCAAUCAGCCGACAAGUCAGCCAAACCGGUCGUGGCACCACUACGUCCAGUUACUCUCCCGGAAAAGCCCUGGCAGAAGCUGGCUAUGGACAUCGUGGGCCCGCUGAACCUGACCACCGCAGGUCCUAAGUUUGUCGUCACCCUUGUGGACUACCAUUCCAAGUGGCCGGAAGUUUGUUUUGCAAAUACAGUUACGUCACAAGCGGUGAUAGAUUUCUUGCGAGGCGUGUUCAGUCGGGAGGGCUAUCCGGAAGAACUCGUAACAGACAACGGGCCACAGUUCAAGUCAAAGCUUUUUGAAGACUUCCUGAACCAAAGAGGAAUCAAGCACUGUGUCUCGUCGGUAUACUACCCACAGGCCAAUGGGUUGGUCGAACGAUUCAACAGGAGUCUGAAGGACUUUAUUCAAGUUGCAGCUUUGGAAGGACGACCGCUUAAAGAAGCCGUCGUGGACUACUUGGGCGUAUAUCGGUCUACCCCACACUCAACCACAGGAGUGUCUCCUGCUCAGCUCCUCCACGGUCGUCAACCAAGGACCCGACUUGACAUCAUGGGCCUUCCGUCAAAGAACUUCUUCCAGGAGCCAGCCACGGCAAUGGAACAGUUACGAGCUCGCGUCCAAAGCAAGCAGCGCUCGACGAAGGAGUAUACAGAUGCAAAAAGAAGUGCCAAAACUCCAAAAUUCAAAGAGGGAGAUUUCGUACGGGUUCGUAAACCCACAAAUGGCGGUAAGGGUGAGCUAUCAUAUUCCCGACCACUGAAAAUACAAAAACAGGUGGGUCCAGGCACUUUCCGUUUGGAAGACGGACGCAGCUGGAAUGCCUCCAAGCUGGUGGCUGUGCCUGAGGAGUGCGUCACGGAAAGAAGUAAACGGUUGCUACACUUGCUACCCGUUCCUGGAGAUCAAGAGCAGUCAGCCAGGAGAACCGUCUCGGACAACCAAGGCGAAUACUCCGUUGGGGAGAAUCGCGAAGCUUUGGCAACACCAUGUCAAGUUUCUGGAGGCGCAGACUUGGUUGACGAACAUCGCCUAGCAGCUUCGGAGACGCCAAUACAAAUUACGAUCGGACCAGAUUCCAUUGAACAACGUCGGGAAGUUUUGACAUCGCCGGUACAAGUGUCACAAGAUGAAUGUCCUGUUGUUGGACUUCGACUGGAAGAUUCUGCGGCGCCUACACAGGCCCGAGGAACGACGUGGUCGGACGGACCUUGCAGAGGACCGUCGACAAGAGAACGACGGCGUCCCUCCCGUCUGCAGGACUUUCAUAUAAAUUAG